UGGAGGGGUGGGACCGGGGGCGGAGCUGCUGGAGGGGGCUGCUCCGCGCCGGGGCCGUUGGCUCCAGACAAAUAAACAUGGAGUCCAUCUUCCACGAGAAACAAGAAGGCUCACUUUGUGCUCAGCAUUGCCUGAAUAAUCUAUUGCAAGGGGAGUAUUUUAGCCCCGUGGAGUUAUCCUCAAUUGCACACCAGCUAGAUGAAGAAGAGAGGAUGAGGAUGGCGGAAGGAGGAGUUACUAGUGAAGACUAUCGCACGUUUUUACAGCAGCCUUCUGGAAAUAUGGACGACAGCGGCUUUUUCUCUAUUCAAGUCAUAAGCAAUGCCUUGAAAGUCUGGGGUCUAGAAUUAAUCCUGUUCAACAGUCCAGAGUACCAGAGGCUCAGGAUUGACCCUAUAAAUGAGAGAUCCUUUAUAUGCAAUUAUAAAGAACACUGGUUUACAGUUAGAAAAUUAGGAAAACAGUGGUUUAACUUGAAUUCUCUGCUGACGGGUCCAGAAUUAAUAUCAGAUACAUACCUCGCACUCUUCUUGGCUCAGUUACAGCAAGAAGGUUAUUCUAUAUUUGUUGUUAAGGGUGAUCUGCCAGACUGCGAAGCUGACCAACUUUUGCAGAUGAUCAAGGUCCAGCAGAUGCAUCGACCAAAACUUAUUGGAGAAGAAUUGGCACAACUAAAAGAACAGAGUGUUCUCAAAGCAGAUCUGGAGCGAGUCCUAGAGGCAGCCGAUGGGGCGGGAAUAUUGGAUGAAGAUGAGGAUGAUUUACAGAGGGCUCUAGCAAUAAGUCGUCAGGAAAUUGACAUGGAAGAUGAAGAAGCUGAUCUCCGCAGGGCCAUUCAGCUCAGUAUGCAAGGUAGUUCCAGAAGUAUGUCUCAAGAUAGUCCCCAGACAUCCAGUACCAGUCUUACUUCAGAAGAGCUGCGGAAGAGAAGAGAAGCCUACUUUGAAAAGCAACAUCAGCAGCAAGAGGUAGAUCGACCUAGACAGCUUUCAUCUGCUCGUGAAAGACCGACCACAAGUUCAGGAGAACUUGGGAACAGCCAAGCAGGUGAUGCUGUGAGUGAAGACAUACUUCGGGCAGCUGGAACCAUGUCUUUAGAAAAUACUAAAGAUAAUUUGAAAGCAGAAGGAAAAAAAUAAUACCUUUAAAAAUCAUUUUGCUACUCAUACUUUCUAACAUUGUCUGUGUGAUUACAGUGACACUGGAAGGGAUAAGACACUCUGGUGGUUUAUAAGCAGAUGAUCAGAAAGCCAAAAAACAUGUCAUAGGACGAAGUAAUGAUCCUGAUACCAGCCAAAGAGGCAGCCAGCAACUAAAUUUCCCCGUUUGUUUUUCUCAUGUGCAAUAUCGAACUGAAAUUAGGGAGUGGACCAACUAAUUAGCUCUUGCCUUUGAACUUGAUCUUGUAUUUUUGUUUUCAUUUUCUCUCCAUUGGAGGUGGUUUGGCUCACUUGAGCUUGUUUCAUAUUAGACCAACCUUUUAUGGAAAUGUCUGUCUCAUUACUGAAAGCUAAUCUUGUCUUCUUCCUGUGUGUGUGUGUGUGUGUGUGUGUGUGUGUGUGUGUGUGUACAUGGGUGCUUCAUUGGGGUAUUUUCUCUUGGGGUACCAGCUCUAACGUGGUAAUCUGUUCUGAUUUUUUAAAGCCCUUUCUAGUGGGAUCAAUAUUUCUUAACUUUGGUGCAUUCCUAUACUCUUCAGUCUGCGCUGCUUGAGUAUUUGAGUCUAAGUGAGCUGGUUUGUGUGAGUAUGAGCUUCUGGGUGCUUUUGUGAAGGUUCUCGGUGUGCCCUGGCUGACAUCUCUAAUCCUUCCAUACUGUAUUCCUUAAGUACACACUUCCUUCUUCCUUAACAUGCAGGUCCCAUGGAUGUACUGCAGGAGAAGCUUGGCUUUCAGUGUUGGUGGCUGGUUUGUUUUAGCUUUUCUUUUAUGACAGGAGCUUUGUAUACUAUUUACAGUAAGUCCUGGAAUAUAUGCCUGCUUCACUAAUUUUUUUAAUAGAAUAAAGCCUGCUGGGAUGGUAGUCUAGAAUGGGAAAGUGAUUUACUAAUGAAAAUACAUAAAUAUACUAUGGGUUGACCCUGCAAUCAUGUUUAAAUUGCUAGAGAGUUACAGAAGUCACAGAAGGCUCUCACCUAUGAACACGAAAGUCCUUAGUUUUGGUAGACACUCUUUAAUUGGAAUGCACAGUCUUUCUGGGUUAGUGCUUUGGUAUGACUUGGGUGAAAAUAACUAUCUUAUGGGUGUCAUAGAUCCUGAUAUCUUCUCUCCCUCCUUUCCUCCCUCUCUGUCCCCUUAUGAAUGUGGACUUGUACAUAGGUAAAAUCCAGGAAGACUUUUUAGCCAGUAGCUUAGGAAGGAGAAGAAUGGUAUAUUGCUCUACUGGUGUGUGCUCUGCACACGUUUUAUCAGGGAAAGUUUUUUGAUGUGGGAUUUAUUGCUGUCUAACUGCAAAAAUUACAAAUGUUUUUAUUUAUGACUAUGGAUAGGACAGAUGGUUUUGCUUUGGUUGGUUACACUGGGGAUUGAACCCAGGACUCCCUCCUGUGUGCUAGGCAGGCAUUCUACCUCUGAUCUAUAUCCCCAGUUCCAAAACAGGGAGAUUUUUUUCUUAGUCAUUUUGUGCCAAUUAAAGUUUUUUUGGAGUUUGCUUUAUGAAAAAUUAGUCUUAUUUUAAAAUGUAUGAAGUUUUCUUUUAGUAACUGCAGAAGUUCGGAAGAACUGUGCAACUUUAGGGUAUUGGAGUUAGAACCUUACGAUUCACAGUUAGGUGUUAGUCUGAAGUAUGGAACUACCCCAGUGUGCCAGUCACAUCAUCUGGACGUUGACCCUUUUCUCGUUGAAAAAUCACAUUAAAUGUUCCUACAGUUAGAUUGAUUAGCUACCUGAUAGAAAAAAGAGAAAGCCAAUAUGUAUUUCAGUUUUAACUUUAGAAUUUUUAAAACAUUCAUAUAAUACACCCUAGUUAAAACACUUAUGAAACACAGCAUGUUGAUCUUUUAUUAGAGACAUUUUAAAGAGAAACUGAGCAUACAUUGAAUAUCAUUGAGUAUAUUUUUUUAGUUUGCUAUGAAUUGUAUUUGGCAAGGCAAAUCCAAAAUCACUGUUGAACUGCCAUCUCUUUUGGAUUGACCCAGGCUUACCUGAAUGUUUAGAUUUCAUUAUGAAUGAGUAGCCCAUAUCCAAAGAUGCCAAUGCUUAUUAUAACCACAGUGUAAAAAAGUGCAAAGGUUCCGGGAAGCUCUGGCUCAUACCCCAAGAGCUGCCAUUUACUGUACAGCAUUGCAGGACCGUCGGGGCAAGGGAAUUCACUGGUAUGUUUGUGCUGUGGACUUGACUACAUUUCCAUUCUGUUUUUACCAAUUGGGAGCACCUUAAUGUUUAAUAUUUAAACUACUGGUAUCAUUUUUUCUAAUGUGUAACUUGUACUACCAGAUAAAAUAUGUACAGUUGUGAUGCUAAUGUCGUAAGCAAGGUUCUGCACAUCUUUAAUCGCAAUACUCAGUGGGCAGAAGCUGGCAGAUCUCUCUGAGUUCAAGGCCAGCCUGGUCUAUAUAGUGAGUUCCAAACAAAACAAGACAGCAAUAUGCAGAUAUUUCACUGCUGUGAAUUGUUUGAUACAGUAGUGCAGGUAAAUUCUGCACUAAACUUUUAAUACCUUGGCCACAUCAUUUACAAUUCAUAGACAGUAUUUAAGGUGGUGCUUCCUCCCCCAACCCUGCCCUGCAAACUUGAUUUUUCUUGAUGAAACCAAAGUUAAUGAGAAAGAAUGCUCAAAUUGAGUAGUCUGCAUUGUUUUAUUUAAUAUCAAGUUGAUUAAAAUAAGUUUUAUUCAUAUCAGAGUCUAAGCCACACAUUUUGAGUACCUGCAUAUCGAUACUAUUUUUAAAUCAUGCCAGUGCCAAGGGUUACUAAAUUCUAACAACUGGCCCCUGUGACCUAUGCAAGUCCAAAUUGGGUAGUGCAGAACCAAACUGUGCUAACCGAAAGUCUUAAGUUGGGAAAUCCCGAUGUUUUAAAUUCAGCACCGAGGAUGCACUCAAUGGUAGAGCAGUUGCCUAGUGGCUCAGGCCUUGCAUUCAGUCCUUACCACUGCAAAAGAAUGAAGAUUCACAUGGAAUCUACGUUUUGAGGGGCCUUAAGGAGUACUUUCAAAUGAAGUGUUUGCUGAACCUUAGUCCUGCCAAGUGUAGAGUUAUGAUGUAUGUGACUUAAGAAAGACCAGAUUGGAUUAACUCAUCAGUAGUGUAGAUAAUUUUUGUUUUUCAUAUUUAAAACGAAAACUCUCCCUCUAUUCCUAAUUUGUUUUUAAUAAGCUAAAGAACAAAUUGGUUUUGUAUUUUUCAAAGUGUUAUACAUAAUAAAAAGUUUUGUUGUAGUCAUUCAUGAAUGAAAAGGAUAUUGAUUUUGUUUUUGCAGAUACUUUUUAUUUCUGUAAUGGUCUGUCAUUUUAAGAAUUAGCACAAAACAAUAUACUCCCUGAAUUUAUGGAGGUUUAGUAGUACCAGUAAACAUUUUAACACUGCAGUCAUAGAUGAGGUACUAGUUUGAAGUGUGUGGGAAAUGCAGUUAUUUAGUAAUAUUUGUGUCUUGCAUAGUUUAAAGGUGGUGUGUUUCCUGGAAUUUUUUUAAAGAUUUUUUUUUUUAGAGAAAGAUAGACAUUUGAAAUGUGAUUAUCUAAUUUCUACAACACUGGACUAAAUAGGAAUAACUUUUUUAAAAAAAUGACUGUUCUGUAUAAAUAAAAUAUUUGAAACUUAAGUGCAAAAGCCGUGAAAUAAAAAAGCAUUGUCUUCUGGCCAAUAUGAUGCACUGUGCAGUGCAGUUCGCUCAGGACCCAACCCUGCAGCCCUCCUCAUGUGCUCGGUCUCCUGGAGUUUGGGCUGCCACUCCAUAGGUCUUCCGUCUGUCUGCUUCUUCGAAAGCUGGGCUUCCAAAGCACUGUUGAACACUGAGGGUUCUGUUGAUGUGGAUGUUAAUGAGUUGUAUUUUAAAUAUCAGAGAUUAUUAAAUAAAGAGAAUGAUUGCUUUUCUAUUAA